AAAUACAAAAAUAAGACAAGAACAAAGUAAAAUAUUUUAGGAAUGAUGUCUAAAGAAAAUCAUCGAAGAGAUUUGUAAUCGGAAACUGAAACGUCAUUUUAGAGAUAUCGACAAUCGAUCUUGCAAGAACUUUAAAAAGAUCGUAAGCUUCGCUCUUUAACACGUUCAAAUAUUACCGCCUUAAUAGCUGUUCGGUAAUCUUCGUCAAAUGUCAACAGCACGCGACGCAUGCGCUUCGACGAUGAUAUUCAGAAACGAAGACGUCGUGCUGUGCGCGUUUCUCGUGCGAGUGUGAAGAAUGUCGCGUCUCAUCGAAUCGAAUCAUGCCACGAGAAUCCCUGGCUGCGAGUUCUCCGACGACGAGGACCCCGAUUAUGGCAGUAAGGCUGAUUCGUCGAACGAAUUCGAGGAGUCCUUGCACGCGAUGUCCGAUAUUUACGGACAAACUCCACCCAGGACUCGACUCAGUCGCAAGAAAAGACACAUGAAACAAAAGUUUUCAGGCAGUGAUCUUAAGUUGAUAGAAAAGGAAGCUCGGCCGAAAACAACUAUUCGUAGGCGUAACACCCUGGAUACCAUUAUUUUCAACGAAAUGUGCGAUAAAGCAGACAAAGAUCGCGAGAACGAGACAAAGGAAGAUGCGAAGGAAGGCAGCAGAAAGUGCAAGAGGAUUUUGAAACUAUUGCGCGGCAAUGAAAGAGAUUUGAAGCUUGAUGUAGAAGCUGCCUACAAUUAUGCCGAGAAACACAAUGGCGACAUGGCGAUGGUGUUGACACCAAAUCAAAUCAAGAUUGAGACUAGAAAUAGAUUUCGCUGUUUGCGGUCUAAGCCAGUUGAUGUGGAAGAAAAAAAGGUGGAGAGAGAAAUCAUUAAAGAAAACGUGUUGAUAAACGAAGAAAAUUUAAACGCGCAAUCGCCGAGGACGCAAAGUUUGAAGGAGAGAGAAAUAUUUCAUGACACUUUUUCAUUUUUAAUUAAAUUAGGGAGUACGGAGCGAAAUUGUCGCCGUCAAAUGAGUCACGAAGAAACCAGUUGGCAAAAUGAAUUAAAAGAUCUGAUAUGGUUGGAAUUACAAGCACAUCAUGCAGAUCGUAGUCCAAUGAUGCAGGAUGAAUAUUUAUGCCGUCAACGCGAGGCAGUAGAGGCUCUACUUACAGAAAUAAUGGAGUACAAAUACGAUUCCAUGGCGAAUGCGCAAGAGGGAGAUUGCGUCAGCCCUAGCGACAUUGCGAGCGAUCGAUCCGCAAAUUCAGGUUCCAGUCCGAACAUCGAACUGGGUGUAUGUCCAGGUUGCCUCUCCAUGUAUUGUCGUGCAUGCGCUCGUGAACAAGGAGAAGCGUUACAACAAGUGGAAGGUCUACUAGCUCGUCUGGAAGCAGCGGAAGCCUUAUAUCCAUCCUGUCAAGCGUUUGCCGCUAAUUAUCCGUUAUACAAGAGCCCAGAAUUCACCGAUAGGGUGAAAGCUAUGUGCCUCUGGUAUAACAUGACGAAACACCAUCGGCUUAAAUUACAGAUAUUAGGCAGAUUGCUCAUGAUGUUGCACAGCAAGAAAAAACAGGAGGAUUUCAACGACUCCGGUAUAAGUUCGCGAUCCUCAGAUACCGUCGAUUCUACGGAGCAGCGACAAUCCAUGGUGCGAUUCGAGCUACCUCAACAAGACGAAACUUCCAGUCCCUCUGACAGCAAUAAUAGCAAUAAUUCAGUAGGAGGUUUAUCUUUUAUAUCGCAGUCAUUGCCGCCUACUCCGGAAAUUUCGUUCUCGUAUGUGGAAGACGAAAGCGUUGAUCGACUCGAUUUCUACUUGGUUGAAUUUGAUCGACACGCUUACAGAAAGUAUAUUGAGGAUGUAUUGAAAACGAGAGGUCUCAGAAAAAGUUUGAAUUUCCUGGAUCGGUUGCACACAUCUAUCUUGAGGAAAGCAAGAUUAACUUUGGAAAAAAAUAACUGCGAGGGAUGUGAUAGCAAUGCAAAUGAAGAAUACGAAGGUGACAGAGAGCUACGACGGUAUGGCAUUUGGAGUCCCGAAGCAAAGGAAUUAAAUUUGCCAUCAUAUAGGGCAGCUUUCGUGUUUCUCUCGCGCGUGCCGUUGGACGUAGUUCAUGAAUUUCUAAGAAUGAGACUAGAACAAAAGCCGGAACAGCCGAGUCCGUUGUCGGUUCGACAGCUCAUGCGGGAACUUCGGGAGGGCCUCAGGAUUGCUUGCAUUCAUCGGGACCGGUUCGCCGCGCACUCUCACGCUGCUGUUGCCAGCGAUGAAACCGGUUGCGAGAGUCUGUUUGAGGAAGACGUCAAGUAUUUCGAUGAGAGCCUGAGAGCUGUGUUCGAAGUUUAUCUAGAUUAUCUUCAGCAGUGGGUAGACAUGGUGCAGCACGAUAGCUUUCACAAGAAUCUAAUCAUGGAUGAGUGGUUGUUUGUCAAAUCCGUCGCUGGAAACAUAAGUGAUGGAUACAAAAUUGCUGGCGUAAAAUUCUACGAAAUUGCAUGUACAAUGAUUAAGCAAGUUAAUGAAUUUCUCACUGAACGAACUCGCGAGAUCUGCGAAAAUGUGGAAGAAAAGGAAGUCGAUGAAUUGUCAUGCAAUGAAACACAGUUUAGAUUCCAUCUAUUUGUGGGUCGUGAAUGGCAGGGAAUGUUUGUAGAAGCUCGAGAAAAGAUCGUAAAAAGCAUCAAUCUUGCCAAAUGUUUGAAACGCGAUAUCGAGAAAUGGCCAGUCGAUGAUCAGAUGUUGGAGGAAUCGUUGAAAUUGUUAAAAAAUACAGUUCUAGAUUUAAGGCAUCGCAUAACUGUGGUAAUCGAGGACUUUCAAAGAGAUGUCGAUGAAGUGGAACAAUCGAACAUUGAGAGCGACCAAACACCUUUACGCUCGAGAAUCCGUGAGAUUCUUCAUCAAGCCUACAGGAUGGGUUUCGAGUUUCAUAAGGAGAUGUGCAAACUCUUUUCACUAGAAGAAAAAGCUAUUCUAGCGCGUGGUCUAGUAUCAUUUGCAUUAUUGUGGAUGGAAUUCGUGAGAACACGAUGUGAGCGUGGCCGCGGCUUAAGGCCCAGAUGGGCAAAUCAAGGUUUAGAGUUCUUGAUAACAGUAUGUGAGCCGCACAAUACAAAACAUCUCACCGAUCAGGAAUUUGAGGAAUUAAAGACAUGCAUGGAUCAUUGUAUAUCUCAUGUAGUAGGAACCGUUUCGGUUGCAGGAUCGAUGCCGGAGACAGAAAAUUUAAGAAGGCUAUCACGAUCAAGAGCUUCAUCGCCGAGUCAUGGUCGCACUAGAACUACGAGCAUCAGCCUUUCUCAAAAACCACGGGAGGUUCUAAAGUCACCCGAAUUAUUAGUUAAUGCAAAAAAACAUAGCUCAUCGAGCAUGGUUGAUGGAAAUCUUUCAGUGAUAGUAACUAUACCCGAACAGGGUAUGCAGAGGAAUGAGAGAGUCAUUCGUGCCAUCAAAAAAAUGGAGAAUGAGCUUGAUGAAAAACUGAGAAGUCGAGAGCUGAUUGGACAAGUCACUGACAGAAAAGGAGUCGAUAGAAUUCAUAUUAAAGUGCGAAGAGUUACAUUCACAUGGCAGAGAGGUAUUAAGAUAGGUCAAGGAAGAUUUGGCAAAGUGUAUACAGUAGUGAAUAAUCAAACAGGUGAACUGCUAGCUAUGAAAGAGGUGCAACUGCAACCUGGCGAUCACAGAGCAAUCAGACGUGUUGCUGAGGAGUUACAGAUAUUUGAGGGAAUCCAGCAUCAACAUUUAGUGCGAUAUUACGGACUAGAAAUUCAUCGUGAAGAAAUGCUAAUUUUUAUGGAAUUCUGCGCGGAGGGAACUCUCGAGAGCUUAGUAGCUGGUAGCGGCAAUGGAUUGCCAGAAUCUUUGGUCAGAAAAUAUACUCAUCAACUCCUUUCAGCUGUAGCAGCGUUACAUUCUCAUGGAAUAGUUCAUCGAGAUAUUAAAACUGCGAAUAUUUUUUUAACGAAUGAAGGCAAUUGCUUGAAACUCGGUGACUUUGGUAGCGCGGUACAGAUUAAAGCACAUUCGACAAUGCCUGGGGAACUUCAAGGUUUUGUCGGUACUCAAGCUUAUAUGGCACCAGAAGUAUUUAUGAAGUCAGGAAGCGGUGGACAUGGCAGAGCUGUCGAUAUUUGGUCAGUAGGUUGUUGUAUCAUUGAAAUGGCUAGUGGACGAAGGCCCUGGUCGGAUUACGACUCGAAUUAUCAAAUUAUGUUUAAGGUGGGAAUGGGAGAAACACCAGCUCUUCCUAAGAAUCUAUCUGCAGAAGGCAUAGAUCUCGUAAAAAAAUGCCUGCAGCAUGAUCCGAAGAGAAGAUCGACUGCGAAUACACUGCUUGCACAUUCUUUUGCUCUAGGAGAAUACGAGGAUGUUAAUGCUGAUUUAAUGAUGCUACGAUACUAAGAGUGUUCAGGAAAACGGGAUAGCAUGGUUCUUGCGGGAAUGUAGAACUAGUAUUUGUAUUUUAUUGUUAGAAUUUCAUGAGACAUCUGCUAUAUUAUGUUGUUUUUUUAUUUGCAUUUUUCUGAGAGAUUUAGUAUUUAAUAUAGUUUUAUUGAGAUUUUGUUAAAAAUAUAUAGUAUUUGUGACAGACUAUAUAAAGAAAUGGUAAUUGUAUUUGAGAAUACUUUAACCAUUGAUGAAAUCAGUAUAUAAUAUGUAAGUACUAUUGUGAUCAUAUAAUUUAUGAUAUAAUUAUAAGAAAUUUAUUUUACAAAAGGGACACUUUCUUUUAUCUACAUUAAUAAAUGAUGGUACUAAAAAUGUUUAAUAAUACAUUUUUAAUACUGAAAAUUCUUGCAAAUUAAACGUUGACAACUAGCAAAAUAUAAAUAACAAAAUUGAACUUUGCAAAUAGUUGGAAACAAAUAUUUUGUUUUAAUACAAAUUUUAAUAGACUGAACAGUAAAAUUUAUAAAGAAAUAUUUGGUGAAAAAAAAAGAAAGUGCAACUUUUUUAGAGAUACUCUUUAUGUAUCUUUAUGUCUAUUACGUAUUAUUUAAGCUAGCCAUGCUAAAAUAAGUUCAGUGAUUUAGCCUGGAAAACUAAAAGACCACAAAAGCAUUUUAAAACAUAAUCUAGUGUAAUUGCAUAGAAUCUAUAUAUAGAAUCUAUACACAAAGUCUAGUUCAAUCGAAUCAUAUGUUCAAAGGAAUAUACAAAGCAGGGGAGGAAUACAUAUUGUAUUUAAGUACAUGAAGAUAUAAAUUGAGAAACAUAUAUCUCUCUUCAAUUUUACUUAAAAGACAAAAGCAAAAUAUAUAUUUUCUAUUUUAUAUUUGCAUUUAUAGUUUAUAUAAGAUAUAGCGUAAUGCUGCAUAUUUUUUGUAAAUAUAUGUAUAUUGGUAUAUGAACGAUAGACGCAAGUCACUUCCCAUUUUGAAGAUCAUAUAUACAUCGCAAUUAGUAUUAAGUGCAGCAAAUAUCAAACGCUCACAUUAUAUUAAACCCGAUUUUCCUAUUAGAUAUAUAAAAUUUAAGUUUUGACGUUAGUUAUGGUUUAUGAGAUGUGAUUAAUUAUAAGUAUGUUUAAGAUCCUUUUACGAUAUAUAAUGGCAGCUUCUAAUGUUAUAUCUAUCUUAUAUUAAUUGCUUCGUAGACACGAAGUGAAUGAUUUGUUAUUAUGCAAUAGAAAUUCUAUUUUAAAUAAAACGAUCGGGAAGA